GUCUGUGACGUCACAAGAAGCCGUCCAGGAAAUCCCAUUCCUGCUUUGGUCUCCACAUGUGCGUCUUCACCAAAGUUGGGAAGAGUCCGGUCUGUUGCACAUUCGGGUUGCAUCUCUGACAUGGAGGAAAUGCUCUCCUUCUGGGAUGUGGCCAUUGAGUUCUCUCCAGAAGAGAGGGAAUGUCUGGAUCCUGCUCAGUGGAAUCUGUACAGGGAUGUGAUGUUGGAGAAUUACAGCAACCUUGAAUUCCUGGGUCUUGUUGUCUCUAAGCCACACCUGGUGACAUUUCUGGAGCAAAGACCAGAGCAUUCAGAUGGGAAGAGACCAGCAGCAGCCACGGUGCACCCAGGAAAUUCACCCGAAGAUUAUAGCAUUUUCUCCAAGGCCGUUGAUUAUAACUCACAAUCUAGUCAAUGCCAGAGAAUUCAUGUAAGGGAGAAACCCUACAAGUGUGAAGAAUGUGGUAAGGGCCUUAGUUCUUAUAAAGCACUUUCCAUACACCAGAGACUUCAUACUGGACAAAAACCCUACACGUGUAAAGAAUGUCACAAGGCCUUCAAUACUCGCUCAUCACUUUUUAUACACCAGAAAAAUCAUACUGAUGAAAAAACUUACAAGUGUGAAGAAUGUGGCAGAUCAUUUUACUAUCUUUCAGUGCUGAAGCAACAUCAAAGAAUUCAUUCUGGAGAGAAAACCUACAAAUGCGAAGAAUGCGGCAGGUAUUUUUGCUCAUUUUCAUACCUUAGACGACAUCAAAGAAAACAUUCUGGAGAGAAACCAUACAAGUGUGAGAAGUGUGGCAAGUGUUUUUGCUUCACUUCAUUCCUCCGGCAACAUCAAGCAAUUCACUGUGAAGACAGACACUACAAUUGUAUGGACUGUGGCAGAAGCUUUAACUCUCUUAUAUACCUUAGACGACAUCAAACAAUCCAUUCAGCACACAGUCCUUAUACCUGUGUACACUGUGGCAAAUGGUUUUUCUAUUCUAGGGAUCUUCAGGAUCAUCAAACAGUUCAUACUGGAGAGAAAGCCUACAAGUGUGACAAAUGUCACAAAGCCUUUCAUUAUCACUCAUCCCUUAAGACACACAAGAAAGUUCAUACUGGAGAAAAACCCUACAAGUGUGAAGAGUGUGACAAAGCCUUUCAUUAUCACUCAUCCCUUUGGAGACACAAGAAAGUUCAUAGUGGAAAGAAACCCUACAAAUGUAAAGAGUGUGACAGAUGUUUUAACUCAUCUGUAUCCCUUAGACAACAUCAAACAAUUCAUUCUGAAGAAAGUUGUUAUAUCUGUGUACACUGCAGCAAGAGGUUUUCAAGUUCAAGAUAUCUUCAGGAUCACCAAAGAAUUCAUACUGGGGAGAAACCCUACAAGUGUGAAGAAUGUCACAAAUCCUUUCAUUAUCAGUCAUCCCUUUGGAGACACAAGAAACUUCAUACUGGAGAGAAACCCUUCAAGUGUUGAGAAUGUCAUGAAACCUUUUAUCUUAACUCAUCCCU